UGCAACAACAAGGUGGCUACAUUCAGCAGACGUCGACACCGGCCAUCACCUCGGCACCACAAACGCCAUCAGCUCAGCUGUACCAGCAGCAAACACCGAGCUAUCUGGUACAGUCGCCCGGUAUCCCGGCCGAUGCAUCACCCCCUGUGUUUGAGCAGAUCUUCAAAAACUCCCGCUUUGCGCAGGGUGGCAAUGCAUUGUUCGAGGGAAAGCUCAAAGGUAAUCCUAAGCCAGAGGUUUCCUGGACUCGAAAAGGCGCACCACUUUUCGAUUCCUCGAAGCACAAGCUUAGCUACAACCCCUCUACCGGCGUGGUGUCGUUGCUGAUCAAUCAAAUCGGGCCCGGCGAUGAGGGCGAAUACACCUGCAAAGCUAGGAACGCCGUUGGCGAAGCCAUCUGCUCCGUGUUCAUCCAGCCAGAAGGUAUGCCUGCUCCACAGUUCCAACAAAUUAAACGGGAACAGCAAUUGCAGCAGCAGGUUUUGCAGCAAAAGCAGGUUACCAGUCAACAGCAAUACACUAAUGGCUACUCGCACAUAGAAGAGGAGUUCAAGGUUGAUACCUUCGAAUACCGACUGUUGCGAGAAGUAUCCUUCCGCGAAUCAAUCACUCGUCGCUACGGUGGCGAAACGGAUGCCCAAAUAAUCACCACCGUAGAUCGGGCUCUUGGUCCACCAGCACCUCCGCAAAUUAGUCAGAAACCGAGAAACUCCAAACUAGUCGAAGGAUCCGACGCUGUCUUCAGCACCAAAGUGAGCGCCAAUCCGAGACCAAGACUGAGCUGGUUCAAAGAUGGUCAGCGCAUCAUCCCGUCUACCGACAAGCAUGAAAUCACGUACUCGAACCAGCAAGCUACACUACGUAUCAAAAGUGCCAACUCUAAGGACUCCGGUCACUACACUCUGCUGGCCGAAAAUCCACAGGGUUGCCAGGUCUCGUCUGCUAUUUUGGCUAUCGAACCAGCACAGGAGCAAGUCGUUGUUCCAACUAGCCAUGAAACCAUCGAAUCAGCAGAAGCUACCAAAGCUCUAUCGCCACAAUUCGUUACACUGAUCCAAGAUCAAGAAACAACCGAAGGAAAGAUGGCGCGUUUCGAUUGCCGCGUCACUGGACGCCCAUAUCCAGAAGUCGCCUGGUACAUCAACGGCAAGCUCGUUACAGACGAUGCCACUCACAAGAUCCUCGUCAACGAGGCCGGUAAUCAUUCACUGAUGAUCACCAGCACCAACCGUUACGAUCAUGGAAUCGUCACUUGCAUCGCCCGUAACAAGACCGGAGAGAUUGCUUCCCAAGCCAAACUAGUCGUAUGCGAACGCGAACAGGUCGUUGCACCAAAGUUCGUUGAACGCUUUACCACUGUCAACGUGAAGGAAGGUGAACCAGUCCGUCUAUUCGCACGUGCCAUCGGUACUCCGAUCCCACGCAUCACCUGGCAGAAGGAUGGCAUUCCUCUGCAGCAGGGACCGGACGUGCAGAUCCUGUGGGACGACAAUGGUUCCACCACCGUUGACAUCCCUCGAGCUAAGACGUCGGAUGCUGCUUGGUAUCAGUGUACCGCGCAAAACGUUGCCGGCACCACUGCUACCCGGGCUCGUCUCUUCGUUGAAACUCCGAAGGGACCAGCCCCGGAACAGCGUCGUCUUCAACUACCACGGCCAACUAAAGUCAUCCAACCAGAACCCGCACCGGAACCAGAAGUUAUUUUCCUACGUCAUGUCGAAAGAGCUGCUCCGCAUGUGGCACCGAAGGAAGAAGACCGCAUCUACCCACCGCCAAAGUUCACUAUUCCGUUGAACGACGUCGCUCAGGUCGAAGGUGGAAAGGUACACUUCGAAGGUCGCAUCGAACCCGUCUCGGAUCCAACAAUGCGUGUUCAGUGGUUCCUGAAUGGCAACUUGAUUCAAGCAAGUUCCCGUGCCAACACGACGUUCCAGUUUGGGUUCGUUGCCCUGGACCUGCUGACCAUCGUUAUGGAGGAUAGCGGCGAAUACACAUGUCGCGUGUCCAGUUCAACCGGCGUAGCCGAAUCGCACGCCAUGCUGAGCGUACAGCCAAAGCCUCCGAUCGAGUCGCAACACUCGGCAGCCCUGCACCAGAUUCAGAACCUGGAGGAUUACUCCAGGUACGUUCGCACUGAGAGUAUUGAGGAAGUGGUCAACCAGAGACCGGCUUUCACACGCCCACUGCAAGACUUGGGCCAGCUGGAAGAAGGAAGAAACGCUCAUUUUGAGGCUCAGAUUACUCCAGUGAGCGAUCCAACAAUGAGAGUGGAAUGGUACAAGGAUGGCCGUCCGAUAACGGCCAGCUCAAGGAUCACCGCCAUCUUCAAUUUCGGAUACGUCUCCCUGAAUAUUAUGCACCUACGAUCUGAAGAUACCGGUACCUACACUGUGCGUGCCGUCAAUCGCAUCGGCGAAGCUAUCAGUACUUCUCAGAUUACUAUCAUCAGCAAGGCUGCCGUUACUGGAGAGUUGGGUAUUGCUGAGCAGCAGAACUACAUCCAGAGCGUUGAACAGCUGGAACAGUACCAAAAGUAUCAGAAUAUGAAGUUCUACGAGGAAACUCCAGAAAGCACCCAACGUCCGGAAUUCAAGACACCCAUUUCUGAUCAGCUGAACAUCCACGAAGGAGGCUUUGCUCACUUUGAAGGUCGCCUGGAACCAGUUAGCGAUCCAACACUUCGCGUAGAAUGGUUGAAGGAUGGUCAGCCGAUUGAAGCUAGCUCGCGUAUUACAACUUUCUGCAACUUUGGGUAUGUUGCGCUGACAAUCAAGCAGGUCACAAUUCAUGACGUUGGUCACUACACUUGCCGUGCGUAUAAUUCUCUGGGAGAAGCCCACAUCACCGGAAAACUGACUGUGGUGUCCCGUCAGGACAUCAUCGUCGACUCCCAGACCAGCCACAUGGGUAUGGAGAAAAUUCAAUACCUAGAGGAUUCGUCGAAAUAUUCUCGUAGCACCAAGGAAGAGCAACAAGUCAUCCAAACCGCCCCUCGUUUCCUGGGUCCGUUGAAGGCUACCAACAAGAUCGUCGAAGGACAGCGUGCUCACUUUGAAGCUCGCCUUGAACCACAGUCCGAUCUGACGAUGCGCGUCGAAUGGUACCACAACGGACGUCCAGUGAUGACGGCCAAUCGCAUUCAGACAUAUCACGACUUUGGCUAUGUGGCUAUGGAUAUUUUGGAUGUUCGCGGUGAAGAUUCCGGAACCUAUACUCUGGUUGCUACUAAUGCAGCUGGACAGGCCCAACUGGAUACGCAAAUGAUCGUCGAAACUCGUUCAGCCAUUGAUACCACCAGCAUGCAUCACGUUGUCGAACGUACUCAGAUGAAACAGGAAACUCAGUUUGUCGAACCUUCGUAUCACAUUGAAGAACUGUGCAAAUCCAAGCCAAUUUUCACUCAGCCCCUGUCGGAUCCGCAACCAGUCGGAGAAGGACGCAACAUUCAUCUGGAGUGCAAGUUGGAACCGCUGGGCGAUCCUACGAUGCGUGUCGAAUGGUUCCAAAACGGUCGUGAAAUCACUGUUGGAUCCCGUUUCAAGACCUAUUACGACUUUGGAUUCGUUGCCUUGGAUAUUCUGCAUUGUACUGCAAUCGAUUCAGGAGAGUACACCGUUCGUGCGACCAACCAGCUCGGAUCUUCACAUACUUCGGCCUGUGUUCGAGUCAUCACACGAUCGGAUAUCAUUACCGAUUCGCAAAGUGAGCUAACUCAAGAGCAACUGCAGUAUCUGGACGAAUCGUCCCGGAUGCGUCGAGAUGUCUUGGAAGAUAUUACCGUCAUGUCACCGCCGCAAUUCGUCCGUCCGCUGCACAAUAUCGAGACAUACGAAGGCACCAACAUUCACUUGGAGUGCCGUCUGCAGCCAGUCGGAGAUCCGUCCAUGCGAGUCGAUUGGUUUGUCAAUGGACAACCCGUCAAGAUUGGUCAUCGCUUCCGUCCAGCUUACGAAUUCGAUUACGUAGCUUUGGACCUGCUCGGCGUCUACCCAGUUGAUUCUGGAGUUUACACUUGUCAGGCUCGGAAUUCCUUGGGUGAAGCUGUAACGUCUUGCUCGGUUCGUAUCGUCGCCAAGAAGGACUUGAUUAUGGAGACUCAGUACCCAGCGGGACUCGAGAAGAUGCAGUACCUUGAGGACAUCUCGCGUUACCGUAAGACCGAGUUCGUUGACGAAAUAGUCAACAUCAAGCCAAGGUUUGUUACCCGUCCGAAGAAUAUCGAUCGUGCUCAGGAAGGAGGUCAUGCUCACUUUGAAUGCAAGCUAGAACCAGUUACCGACCCGAACUUGAAGGUCGAAUGGUACAAGAAUGGUCAUCCGAUCACCAUUGGUCACCGGUUCCGUCCAAUCCAUGACUUCGGUUAUGUUGCCUUAGAUAUCAUAGAUUUGAUCGCUGAGGAUAGUGGAACCUACAUGUGUCGCGCUGUUAAUUUGGUUGGCGUUGAUGAGGUCGCCGUUCAGCUGGCCUGCCGUGGAUCGCAACAGAUUCUGACUACAACUCAGAAUGAACAAGGUCUCGAACAAAUUCAAUACCUGGAAGAAAAAUCUAAGCACCAUCGGGCAGAUCACAGUGAUGACAUGCCUUCGCAGGCGCCAACCUUCACUACCUCGUUGAAGCACAUUGAAAUCAAGGAAGGUCAACGGGCUCACUUCGAGUGCCGUCUGAUUCCAGUUUCGGAUGCUACACUCCGCGUCGAAUGGUAUCACAAUGACGCCCCGGUUAAAUCUGGAUCUCGCUUCACCGAAACGAACAACUUUGGGUUCGUUGCCUUGGACAUCAUGGGAUGCUUGGCAGAAGACUCAGGAACAUACACUUGUCGCGCGGUGAACGCUCUGGGUGAGGCUGUUACUUCAGCUACCUGCAUUGUUCACACUCGCAAGAGCAUCUAUUCGGAAUCUCAGCACGAACAUGCUUUGUCCAGUCUGCGCUACUUGGAGGACAUGUCCCGCUAUCAACGCGAGACUGAAGUCGAUGAAAUUGUUACACAGGCCCCAGUAUUCACUCUUCCGGUUAAGGACGUUAAGGUUGCUGAAAACCAAGCUGUGCACUUUGAAGCUCGUUUGGUUCCAGUUGGUGAUCCAAAAAUGCGAGUUGAGUGGUUGAGAAAUGGAGUUCCCAUUGAGGCAUCCAACCGUAUCACAACAAUGCACGAUUUCGGUUAUGUAGCGCUGAACAUGAAAUAUGUCAACCCUGAAGAUUCCGGAACAUACACAUGCCGCGCAACCAACGAUUUAGGACAAGCCGUAACUUCAGCCAAGUUGAUGGUUCAAUCCAAGGCUGCUCUCGAUUUGGAAACACAAAACGAGAAUGCAUUGGAGAAGAUUCAUCAACUCGAGGAUGCCGUUCGCUACUCCCGCAGGGAAGAAGAAGAAUAUAUCGUCACUCAGAAGCCCAAGUUCACAACAAAACUUCAUGGUCCAACUAACUUGGUUGAGCAACAGAGUGCUCACUACGAAUGCCGAAUCGAACCAUACCCGGAUCCGAACUUGAAGGUCGAAUGGUUCCACAAUGGACAACCAUUGACAACAGGCCAUCGCUUCAGAACAACUUAUGACUUCGGUUUUGCUGCUCUGGAUGUCCUCACCGUUUACGCCGAAGAUUCUGGUGAAUAUACUUGCAGAGCAACCAACCACCUUGGAUCGGAGACAUCUUCCAUCAGUCUGAACGUGACAUCCAAAUCUGGAAUCGUUCGCGAUACCCAGCACGAAGGUGCCUUGGAGAAGAUCCAAUACUUGGAGUGCGACGCACGUUAUGGUCGCAAGUCCGACGAGGAACACUUUGUCGCGGAAAAGCCACAAUUCGGACGUCCAUUGAAGAACGCUAGUGUCUCCGAAGGGCUGCCAGUACAUUUGGAAGCUACGCUUACGCCGGUCAACGACCCGACAAUGAAGGUUGAAUGGUACUGUAAUGGUCGCCCGAUUCAGCAGGGUCAUCGCUUCAAGACUACGUACGACUUUGGUUUCGUCGCUCUCGAUAUUCUGUACGCACACGCUGAGGACACAGGUACUUACAUGUGUAAGGCGAAGAAUGCGGUUGGGGAGGCUGUCACGACCUGCGCUGUUAAAGUCACAGCAAAUGCUGGAUUAUAUUUGGAGACUUUGGAUGAACAGCGUCUGCAGAAGAUUAAGGAACUGGAGAGCUACCAGAAACCAAAGACACCGGAAGUGGAACCUGCUAAGCAGAAACCUGUCUUCUUGACACCGUUGACCAACUUGGAGAAUCUGAAGGAAGGCGAUUACGCCCAUCUGGAGUGCCGCGUUGAACCGAUCAACGAUCCGAACCUUAAGAUUGAGUGGUUCAUCAACGGCAAGGCCAUCCGGGCAGGACAUCGUUUCCGCACAACCCAUGACUUCGGAUAUGUCGCGUUGGAUAUUUUGUAUGUUUACGGAGAAGACAGCGGAACCUACAUGUGCAAAGCUACCAAUCUUGUUGGUGAAGCCGUCAGUACUUGCAACAUUCGUGUGGUUAACAAACGUAGCAUCAUUUUCGACUCACAGCAUCCGGACGGUUUGGAAAAGAUUCAGAAGCUGGAAGCCCAAGCGCGUCCAUCGCGUCUGGAACUCGAAGAACCCGAUGUCACUGCUCCUCGUUUCGUUACCGAGCUCAGAGGAACAACAGAAAUCAACGAAGGUCAAACGGCUCACUUUGAAGCUCAGGUAGAACCGAUCCAUGAUCCAAACCUACGCAUCGAGUUCUACCAUAACGGAAAGCCACUGCAGUCCGCAGCGAGAUUCCACAUUACCUUCGAUUUCGGAUAUGUUGCGCUUGACAUUCAACACGUUGUUGCUGAAGACGCUGGAGAGUACUCUGUCAGAGCCAUCAACGCCAAGGGACAAUGCAAGUCGACAAUCAACAUGCGAGUCACUGCGAAGGGAUCGAUCAUUUCAGAUACGCAGCACCCAGAAGGCUUGGACAAGAUUAAGCAACUUGAAGGAGCCGCUCCAUUCAAGCGUCCCGAGAUUCAGGAUGCGGUCACUAAGCAGCGUCCAGUGUUCACGCAGCCUCUGCAAAACAUUGACUUCAUCGCUGAGGGACAAACCGCUCACUUCGAGUGCCGCCUGAUUCCGGUUGGUGAUCCAAAUCUGAGAGUCGAAUGGUUCAGAAACGAAAAACCGUUGGAAGAUAGCUCUCGUAUCGCCAAGCAGCAUGACUUUGGAUUCGUAUCGAUGGAUCUUACUCACGUCCGCGAAGAAGAUGAAGGCGUGUACAUGUGUCGGGCCAUCAAUCCUCUUGGUGAAGCUGUUACAACCGCUUCGAUGAGAAUUCGUACGAAGGCUAGCAUCCAGAUGGACUCCCAGCACCCGGAAGGUAUGAGGAAAAUCAUUCAACUGGAACAACCACACGCUCCACGUCCCGAGGAACAGGAAGCUGGAUUCGAAAAACCAAUCUUCACGCAGCUGUUGACUGGCCCAUCCGAACUGUGGGAAGGUCAGCACGCUCAUUUUGAGGCUCGUGUAGUUCCGGUUGGAGACGCUAGCAUGAAGUACGAAUGGUACGUAAAUGGAGUUGAACUGAAGCUUGGAUCACGAUUCCGCACUACCAAUGAUUUCGGAUUUGUCACCCUGGAUAUCAAUUCCGUUGUUGCUGAAGAUUCUGGUGUUUACAUGUGCAAGGCUAUCAAUAAGGCUGGUGAAGCUGUAUCGUCGACCACAAUGAAGGUCAAGUCAAAAUCAUCGAUCGCUGGAGAACCACUGUUGCCAGAGGCCUGGGAGAAGAUUCAACUGAAGGAAGCCGCAAUGAACCGUGUUCCGGAUAUGUUUGUGGACACAACUCCGCAACAGGCCCCAGUAUUUACUACGCACUUGGAAAGCCACGACAAACUUCAAGAAGGUCAGCACGUCUACCUCGAAGCUCAAGUUGAGCCUCGUGCCGAUCCCAACCUCAGAAUUGAGUGGUUCAAGAACGGAAUGGCUAUUACUACCGGAGCACGAAUCCGCAGCACCUUCGAUUUUGGCCUGGUUACCCUGUCGAUCAAUGGACUGCGUGCUGAUGAUUCUGCCAUUUACACUUGCAAAGCUACCAACCAUCAUGGCGAAGCUGUCUCGACUGCUACUCUGAAAAUUGAAGGCAGUCAUUGGUUGUUGGGAGACACAAUGCACCCAGCUUCCGUUCAGAAAAUUAGUGAUCUGGAAGCUCCACGUGCUGCUUUGAAGGGAACACCUGAACCACAGUACGAGUCGCCGGUGUUCAUUACUCAUUUGAACAACGUUGAAUGCAAGGAAGGCACAAAUGUCCACUUCGAAUGUAACGUAGAACCGUCCAAGGACCCAACCAUGCAAAUUGAAUGGUUUGUUAAUGGCAAACCACUGCCUACCGGUUCCCGUUUCAAGACCACAUACGACUUUGGAUUCGUUUCACUGGACAUCAGCGGAGCAUAUGCAGAAGAUUCUGGCAUCUACACUUGUAAGGCAACCAAUAGCAAGGGAUCUGCAUCUACAUCUGGAUCGUUGAGAUGCACGAGCACUACCACCAUGUAUUUGGAUACUCAACAUCCAAUGGGUAAAGCGGGACUGGAAGCAGUUCAAGAUACGGAAGCAGCUCUGGCUAACCGCUAUAAGCGUCAAGAUUCAGGACCAGAAGGUGAUUUCCCUGCACCCAAAUGGACUGUUGAGCUACAAUCCGAAUUCCGCCUUAACGAAGCCGAAUCACUGCACAUGGAGGGACAAGUUGAACCAAAGAACGAUCCAAACCUCAAGAUCGAGUGGUACUUCAAUGGAAAAAUUCUCCAACAUGGAUCACGCUUCAAGAUGACCAACGAUUUCGGAUUCGUUACGUUGGAUUUGACCGAUGUCUACGAACGUGAUCAGGGCAUCUACACAUGCAAGGCAUAUAACUACUCUGGAGAGGCCUUCACCUCUUCAACCGUGUACUGUGUAACCAAGGAGAGCUUGAUCGAACGUACCCAACAUCCGAAGGGUACCGAAGGUUUGGAGAAGAUUCAAGAUCUGGAAGAUUCGCUGCGCAGACAAGAAGCCGGACAAGCCGAAGCCGAUGGAGGACAUGCACCACGAUUCACAUCCGAGUUUGUUGCCGUCGUUAAUGUUGAAGGAGAAAUCGCACACUUCGAUGCUACGCUGAUCCCAACUGGUGACCAAAGUAUGGUCAUUGAAUGGUUCUACAAUGGUAAGACCUUGGAGGCUAGCCAUCGUGUGCGAACUGUGUAUGCCUUUGGAAUGGUUGUGCUGGAAAUUCUUGGAACUAAGAUUGAAGAUUCGGGAACUUACAGUUGCCGCGCCACCAACAAGUGGGGAACGGCUGAAAUAAGCGUCGAACUUGAAUGCGGUGACAAAUCGGCUGGACAGAAACCGCGCUUCACCACGCAGAUUCAGAACUUGGAAGGCCUCAAGGAUGGCCAAUCGGCACACUUCGAAUGCACAUUGGUUCCGGUUAACGAUCCGGAUCUGAAGGUCGAAUGGUUCCACAAUGGUAAACCAUUGCGCCACUCCAACCGUAUCAAGCCUGUCUCCGAUUUCGGAUACGUUCUGCUGGACAUUGCCUACGUCCAGAGCCACGAUUCUGGCGAAUACAUUUGCAAGGCUUCGAACAAAUAUGGCGAAGAUACGACUCGUGCCACACUCAAGUGCUACGGAAAGGGGGGAGUCUACUUGGAAUCGCUGCAACCCGAUUCAUUGGCUAGAAUCCGUGAACUCGAAAGCCAUGCGGGUAUCAAACCAACUGCUGCCGGAUCACCAGUCGGAGAAGCACCACGAUUCGUUACCAAAAUCUCCGACAUCACCAAGCUGGUUGAAGGACAAAGUGCUCACUUUGAAGCUAGACUUACUCCAGUUACAGAUCCAGAUCUGGUGGUCGAAUGGUACUGGAAUGGACAGAAACUGCCCCAUGGUCAUCGUUAUCGCACUUUCCACGAUUUUGGCAUUGUUAUCUUGGAUAUUUUGUAUUGCUACGAGGAGAACUCUGGAGAGUUUGAGUGCCGUGCAACGAAUAAAUAUGGCUCGGACAGCACCAAGGCUACACUGAAGUGUGUCUCGAAGGCAAAUCUGAUUCUGGACUCACAGCUGCCACGUGGAAUGGAAGGUGGAUUGGAGAAGAUUCAAACCCUGGAAGAUUCGUUGGUUCGUACCCGCGAUGAGCGUGAGCGUGUUGAAGGAGGACGAGCUCCCGUGUUCACUGUACCACUGUCGAACAUCGAUAGCUUACGCGAAGGUGAAAGCGCUCACUUUGAGGGCAAACUUACCCCAACUGAUGAUCCGAAACUUAAGGUUGAAUGGUUCUGGAAUGGUAAGCCGCUCAAGACUGGAUCACGUUUCCGUACCUUCUGCGACUUCGGAUUCGUCAUUUUGGAAAUUUCGCCCGUUUAUCCAGAAGAUUCUGGAGAAUACUCGUGCCGUGCUUCCAAUGAAUAUGGUGAGGCUGUCACUACAUCUACGAUGAAGGUCCAAGGCAAGCGUAGCAUUAUCCUGGAAUCUCAAUUGCCGAAGGGAAUGGAAGGAACUAUUGAACGUAUUGCAGAGCUGGAAGGACUUGGAAUUCCACAUGGAGGCCUUUCUCCGGAUGACGAUUCUGGCAAGCCACCGGAGUUCAUCACUACGCCAUCGGAUCAAACGCUAACAGAAAAUUCAUUGGCUCACUUCGAGUGUAGAUUGACUCCAGUUAAUGACCCGAGCAUGCGUGUCGAAUGGUACCACAAUGGUAAGGCCUUGUGGGCUGGAUCCCGUAUCAAGACGAUCAAUGAUUUUGGUUUCGUCAUUCUGGAAAUUGCUGGAUGCUACCAACGCGAUUCGGGAUUGUACACCUGUAAGGCUACCAAUAGUCACGGUGAAGCCACUGUGUCGUGCAAAUUGACCGUACGGGGACGACAAGGUAUCAUCAUGGAACCACAGCUGCCAUCAAACUUCCGCACUGGAACGGAAAGCAUUCAGAAACUGGAAGAGCAACUGCACAAACGCGAAGAAAUGAUGGCCGAAGAGGAUGAGGCACGUCCACCCAAGUUCAUUGUUGAGAUCAAGGACAAUACUGAUGUGGCGGAAGGUGGACCUGUUCACUUCGAUUGUCGCGUUGAACCCGUUGGAGAUUCGUCGAUGAGAAUCGACUGGUUCCACAAUGGAAGACCGUUCGCUACAGGGUCACGUGUGCAUAUGCUGAACGACUUCGGUUUCAUUGCUCUUGAUAUGGAUUAUGCUUACGUGAGAGACUCUGGAGUAUACGAGUGUCGCGCUACGAAUAAAUGGGGAACAGCAUCAACUACUGCAAAGGUCACCGUGGUGUCGCGUGGUGGAAUAAUCCUGGAUUCGCAGCUACCAGAGGGCAUGACCGCUUCUAAACUGAAAGAACUGGAACGUGGAAAGGUUACUCUGGCUACUCAGGAAGAGCGGACUUUCGGACCACCGAAAUUCGUAUCGCAGAUCCAGUCCACCACGAUCGAUGAAGGUGAAACGGUUCGCUUCGAAUGCCGUGUUGAGCCUAAGGAAGAUCCUAAACUGCGUGUGGAAUGGUUCCGCAAUGGAAAGCCACUGCCAAGUGGACAUAGAUACAGAACUAUCUACGAUAUGGGUUUCGUCUCUUUGGAUAUCCUGUCGGUCUACAUAGAGGAUGCGGGAGAUUAUGUCUGUCGUGCAUACAACGAUCACGGUGAAGAUGUUACCAAGGCCCAUGUCAGUUGCAAGAAGCUUCCUUCUAUCGUACUGCAGAACCAGAUUCCGAAGGGUAUGCAGAAGUCGGAAACAUUGAUGCAGAUGGAAGCCACGAUCAAGAAGUACACCGAAGAGAUCUUCCUCACCGAAGAUGAUCUGUUCGAUCCGGAUAGGAAGCAGCCACCGCGCUUCGUGACACAAAUCAAGGACCAAACAAGCUUAACGGAGAUGCAGGCCACUAAGUUCGAAUGUCAACUCGCCCCGGUCGGUGAUCCGAACAUGAAGGUGGAGUGGUUCUAUAAUGGCAAACCAUUGCCGUACAAGAAUCGCUUCACACCGAUUUACGACUUUGGGUAUGUUGCAAUGAACUUCGGAUGGAUCUAUCCCGAGGACAGUGGUGAGUAUCUUUGCCGUGCCACGAAUUUGUACGGAAUGGAUGAAACCAGGGCCAUCAUCAAGACGACUGGCAAACCAGGUAUCAUCUACGACUCCCAGUUGCCAAAGGGCAUGAAGAGUAUUCAGAAGAUUCGCGAGAUGGAGGCGUUGUGGAACCUAAAUAUUCCAGAAGUUAUUGAUGAAUCCCAGAAACCGAAGAAGGAACCAGCUUUCGUGAGCCGUCCGGAUUCUAUUGAAGUCGAGGAAGGUGAAUGGGCACGCUUCUGCUGCCGAGUGACCGGUCAUCCGAAGCCGAGAGUGAUGUGGCUCAUCAAUGGACACACUGUUGUCAAUGGUCAACGCUACAAACUCACGUACGACGGUAUGUACCACUUCGACAUCCCGAAGACUCGCCAGUACGAUACAGGCAAAAUUGAAGUCAUCGCUCGCAGCUCCGUCGGCGAGGCUGUCGCAAGAUGUGAACUGAAGAUUACUCCACGUCAUGACGAUUACCGCGGAGUGUUGAAGAACUCCCCAAGACCCUGGUACGAUUACGACCUGGUCUCCUACCAGAAGAAUCGUCUCGAUACCGACCUGGAAGUUACGCUGCAGGAGGAAUCCAAAAAGAAGAAGAAGGGUCUCAAGGCUCAACAUCUGAAGCCAAAGGAGAAAAAGGAGAGCGAGACCGAAUGGCAGAAGACUGUCAAGAAGAAGAAGAAUGAAGAAUACUACAACAAAUUGGCCCAGGUUGAAAACGAGCAACUGGUAAAGGAGCAACGUCUCCGUGAAGAGAAGCACCAGUUUGCUAUUCCAGGAGAUAAGGUGGUCGGUCAGUCACUCGCUAAGGGAAUGGCAUCUGCCUAUGAGGAAACUCUAGAUGAAACCAUCGACACCUCCGAGACGACUACCGUUCCACGCAAGAAGCUUAUCCCGGAACCACAAGAAACUUCCGUUCAGGGCAAGGAAGUGCACGUAUCUCAGCAAAAGCAAACUCAGAAGGAAGUUUACGACGACAAAGAGAUAAUCCGCAAGAUAACGGCCACGGAAACUACAGAGGUUGAACACAAGGGUACGACCCACGAGCGGAUUGUAGAAGGCCCUGUUAAACCUGCAACUCCGCCAGUGUUCACCAAGAAGAUUCAACCGUGCCGUGUAUUUGAAAAUGAACAAGCCCGCUUCGAGGUUGAGUUCGAUGGAGAUCCAAUGCCGACUGUCAAGUGGUUCCGCGAAAACUUCCAAAUCAACAACUCGUCAGACUUCCAAAUCCAUACCUUUGGCACGAAAUCCGUAUUGAUUAUUCGUCAGGUGUUCUUGGAAGAUUCGGCAGUAUUCGCCGUAAUCGCAGAGAACCGAGGAGGUACCGCCAAGUGCAGCGCGAACUUAGUCGUUGAGCAGCGUCGACAGCAGGGCCGAGGAGGUGUAACUCCACCCAGCUUCGUCAACACCAUUUCCGACACUAGCGUCACUGCCGGUCAACUUGCCCGCUUCGAUGCCAAGAUUUCCGGAACGAAACCACUUGACGUGUACUGGUUGAAGAACGGCCAGAAGAUAUCGCCGAACAUCAAGUACAAGGUUCUGGAAGAGGACAACACCUACACGUUGCUGAUCAUCGAAGCGUACAGCGAAGACGCCGGAAAGUAUGAAUGCGUUGCCAUCAACAGUGCCGGAGAGGCCCGCUGCGACGCAGCUUGCAAUGUGGAAACCCCGCACACGCCAAUCAUCGAAAAGCCAGCCACGCCCGGAACCGAGCGUCCACCGAACCUAGUGGAACCGCUGAAGGACAAAACCGUCCCGGAGGGCCAAUCGGUUGAGUUCCGCACGCGGGUCACCGGCAAGCCAAGUCCCACCGCCCAGUGGUACAAGGGCGACAAGCAGAUCAAACCGUCCAAGUACUUCCAGAUGACCAAGGACCGGGACUACUUCACGUUGAUUAUCACCGAGGCGUUCCCGGAGGACGAGGGCGAGUAUCUGUGCAUAGUGUCGAAUGCGGGCGGCGAAGUGCAUACGACGGCCAGCCUGAAGGUGGUAACACCGGGCAUUCAGGACACGGUGCCGAAGCUGACCGCCAUGAAGGACUGCCUGAUCGAGGAGGGCGCCCCGGCGCAGUUCAAGACGCAGAUCGUUGGCAAACCGACGACCAAGAUGACGGUGCAGUGGUUGCGCGAGGGUCUGUUGAUUCCCGAUUCGCCCGAUUUUCAGAUAAUUCCACUAGCGGUGAUAAUGCGUUUCUCGAAACACUCGAAGCACAUCGCCUCAGCGUAA